AAACCCAAAUAUAUACGGGCCAAUAUUAAUAAUCAAUAGAGUGACACAAUCUUAUGGCCCUACCUGUACGACGAAGACUGCAAUUCUGGAAAUUAAUGCGAAUUUUCUAACUUUUUGCUCAGCCGGAAGCGCCAUAGCGAAGGAGUUUGGUACACCUCUUUUGAUUGGCCAUAAUUCGAUUUUCCAAGUGCUUGUUUGCAACAAGAGAAUUCAUUGGUUAAGAACUUUGAAUGGCUUUUUUGACAAAAAUAUUGAGCCCUCUGUGUUUACACAUAUAAUACUCACAUUAAUAAAGAGCAGGCUGCAUUUUACAUUGAUGACCACAUAGUAUGAAGGGUAAAGGGAAGAAUAUGGGAAGCCAGGAUAAAGAUUGUCCAUUACAGUACCCAGACUUCUUACCAGUUGACCACACCAAGUUAUGUCCAAGAUAUACUGCAGUCCUCCAACGGGACAAAGAUGACAGUGUAUCUAUUGUGGAACUUGAUUCACUGCAGACAGAGAUGGAAACUCUGUUCUCCUCAGUGGCAAAGAGAAUGCGACUACUAGAGGGAGAGGUGCAGAUCCUAACCAAUUGGCAAGAUAGGGCUUCUGGAAAGAAAGGAGGAAAAGGGACACCAUCACCUUGUCCAUCCCCAUCGGGCAAACGAGGUAAAGGAAGUGAUGAAAGACCAAGUAAGAAAUUUAAAAGUGAUGGUGGAAAGGGUGGUCCAAGUCGAGGUGGAAAAAAUAGAUCAAGUCAGCCAGCCAAAAUUCUAGACUAUAGUUAUGCAGAAUCUCCAAUAAAUGAUCUACCAAAACUUCCAAAGAACGAGGCUAGCAGAUUCUGGACUGCCGUGGAGCCAUAUUGUGCUGACAUCACAAACAAUGAUCUAAAGGUGCUUCAAGACUUGCUCCAGUGCCAGGAGGAUGACUCUGAUUAUUACAAAAUUCCUCCUCUAGGCAAGCACUAUUCUCAGAAGUGGUCUCAGGAUGACAUGUUCGAGGAACAAAAAGAAGGUGCCAAAAUCACAGAUAAACGUCUGAGUAGUUCGAGUACAAGUGCAAUAAGCGAUGAAUCCUCUACUUUGCUCAGUAGAACAGAGAAUAACAUGGACAUAGAAGAAUCCUCCCCAUUUGGUCCUCUUACUCAGAGAUUGGUGUCAGCCUUGAUUGAAGAAAACAUCAUGGCCCCAAUGGAGGACUCCAAUGAGAUAGAAAACCAAGAGGCCAUAGAGGCGAAUGCAGCAAUGUCCCCCAAGUCACUUGCAAAACAGCUGAACAUCGGGAACACAGUCAUGCUUGAGCGUAGGAUACGUCGAGAGCUUGAAGAGCAAGGUAUCCUAGAGGCAGAUGAUGUCCUAGAUUCUGACCCUGAAGAUGAAAUCCUCCAAGAACUGAAGAAAAAACAAAGUGAACUAAAGGCAGUGACGCAACAUAAUACUCUUGUUACUAAAAAGCUGCUAAGGCUUGCUAAGGAUGAAAUGGAACGUCAGGAGUUAAGAAAAAAGAUGGCAGCAGCUGAUUUAGAGGUAAUGGAGACAUGGAGAAAAAUACAAAAUGCCAGACAAAAGAAAAAGGUUCUCACAAAGAAAGAAAAGGAAGUUGCAUUUAAAGUUCUUAAAGAGAGAGAGACAAUAGUUAAACAGCUGGAGCUGUCAUAUGCAAUGUGAAUUGCUUCCAUAUGUGUGUAUGUACAUAUUGUAUGUAUGUGUGUAGCAGACAGUGCACUCUAGCAGCAAAUAAUGUCUACAAUGCAACAUUUGAGACUCACUUUCUCGACAGGUUUAUACUGAUAGGACUCUUACAUAGUGUGGCCAUAAAAUAUUUGAACUGCCAUAUUAGGCACCCACCAACCAGGAAAUUACCACCCAACAUGAUUAAAUGAUGAUUCACAAAUAUCAAGGGACAUAGAUGUGGGAACAAAGAAUGAAGAAACAGUGUGAAAAUUUUGCAAAUCAAUAGUCAUCCCACCUAUGGCCGUCAAUCAUUUUUCUCAUUCACUUUAUUCACUUUACCAAUAUGCGUUCAUUAGUUUAUGAUAUUGCUAUUGCGAUAAAGAAACCUGUUUAUUAAUGAUUUCCUCCAAUAAAUGAUACAAUUGAACAACUGGCUAUUAGACAAUGCACAGUUUAUCUGCAUGUCUCAUAUUAAACUCAGGCAAAAUCACCUCCUUGUUGAAAUUUGAAACUUUCCUUAUUUAGUGCCAUUGGUUGCAUAUCAUUGAACUAAAUGUGUAAUAGUAAAAGGCCACUAGAAUACUAGAAUAUUUUACUUAUAUGGUGUCAAAUGUUAGAAAUGUAAAAACAUAAUUUCAUUAGGAACAUUCUAUUGAAUUAUACUAGAAUAUUUAACAUAUAUGUGAUUUGUUCAGAUGUAGGAAUUUAAGCUAAUAGUCUUAAAACUGAAAUAUUGACCAUGAAAUUACAAAAUAUGUACUGCAUAAGUGGACAUUUUAUUAAGUUAAGAUUAGAUCAGAUGCAAUGACACAUCAAUACAACUAAUGAAGUAAAAUGUGAAUGAAUCAACAUGACUAUAUAAGGGAGAAGGAACUAAAUCAAAUAAGAAUUUGUUACUUUUUAUCAAUGCUGAUUUUGUGUAGGAGAAGGUUUAAAAGGCCAGAUUAAGUCAAAGGAAAUAUUUUCGAAAUUGAAUGGGUGAUAAUGUUAUAACUCAUUCUUCCAUAUUAAUGGGGGAGCUUUCUUUGAAUAAGUUUUACUAAAAAUAAACAUUGAUAUUGUUCCUUGGCUAAUAGUUCCUAGUAGAUUGUACAUAUUGAUGUAAGUAAAUCAGAAAUAUUAUAGAAACAAUAUAUCAUAUGCAUAAAC